UUAAGAAAAUGUAUAUGAAGCAUUAGACAUUGAUCUGUUCUUGUUUUCUUUUGUACGGUAAGAGUGGUUUUUUAUAUAUUAAAUAUUCAUAUUAGCACGUUUAAUCGCUAUCGUAAAUAUCGGAAUCGGCACAAGACACAACAAUAUUUACCGUUUAAUAUCAAAACAUGGUACAUAACGAAUGCGAAUGACAUAAGAUGAGAUAAGAUAAUACGGCGACAAAUGUCGUGGUUACGACGUGGCAGAAAUCAAGCUUUCUCAUUGGACACUUCUAAAAGAAUGUUCACUUCUAAUUUGAGAUUUGUUACGACUCAUGAUUUACGUUGCCGUUGGUGUUGAUGUCAAUUAUCAAAGCAUUUGAUAAUGGCAAGAGGAAUAUCUAACCGCGCUUGUUUCCUAAUUAUUUUCUCGCUCCUCUGCAUUUAUCUUAUAUGGACGUGCCCGCAGAAAACGUUGAGUACAAUCGAGAAAAAAGGAAACAACGAUGACUUUCGUGCGGGGAGGAAUGUACACUCGAUUUCGGACAAAAGUCGGAGUGAGAAAAUUUCUUCAAAUCCGACACAACCACAAGCUUUAGAUGAUAUAUUCUCUUACAAAGAACCCCCAAUAGCCGGCCGGAUUGGCUCAUAUACUGAAGAAAUGCGUCGCUAUGAUUUAUUUAUGGCAACUCAAGGGGUUGUGUGUAAAAAUAUUCGCCAUUUUGGAGGAGUAUAUAGGGAGAAUAAAGGUCCUCCUGAAUUUGACCCUGAUGGGUUAUGGAAUCUUUGUCUUGAUAGGGAGGUUGGUCUCACCCGUGGAUCAUGCAUUGUUUACUCUAUAGGAAUAAACGAUGAGUGGUCAUUUGAUGAUAGUAUAGCGAAGAGUUUUGGUUGCAGAGUUUAUGCAUUUGAUCCAACAAUGAACAAAGGAGAUCAUAAUCGUUCGCAGCUUAUACAGUUCUUUAAUCUCGGCUUAGCAGAUCAUGAUUCAGAGGGGAAGCCAGGAGUAUCGGGCAGAGAUGGAUGGAAAACUAGGACGUUGAAAUCUAUAAUCACUGACCUUCGUCAUGAAAAGAGAUUGCUAGAUGUUGUGAAGAUAGAUAUAGAAUGGGAUGAAUGGAAAUGUUUGCGCCAAAUGUUGUCCGAUGGAACAUUACGAAAAUAUGUGAAACAACUUGAUAUUGAGUUUCAUCUUCAGAAUCGUACAGGGCCUGGUAUGCGUCAGCAUUAUGGAAUGGUUAAAUGGCUUGAUAGACAAGGAUUUAAAAUAGUCAUCACGCAUAGAAACAUGUACUGUGUAAGGUGUUAUGAAACUACUCUCAUCAAUACAAAUCUUAUAAAGUUACCUCUUCGAUAAGAUGUUACGAUAUUACGUAUAUGUCAGUUUCACAACCUAGAAAUCUGUACGGUUGGACAUCUUGAUGUACCUGUGACUUUUUAUAACGUUUGCUCUUAUGUCAUUAGUUAGAUUUAUGCCGGAAAUUGCCUCGUAAAUGUCGACAAAAGGUUAAAAUUUUGCGUCAUAUUUCGGUCUAUAUUUAUUGGAAAUUGCCUUGUACGCGAAAUUGCUUUCAUAUUUUUGCACACUGUUAGGUGCUCCUUGGUAUUAUAGAAUGUUUACUUACGCUUAUGAAAAGUCAACGAAGGAGAAUGCUUCCUAACGGCUGGUGGAAUAGAUGCUAUGUCGAUUCGGUCAAGAAGUUUGACUCGCUUUCAUAAUUUUGCAUUUGUUCAUGUGAAAAUCAUAUCAUGUGAAAACCAAAUUCAAUAAUUGUUUUAUUAUUUAUUUAAAAAAAAUGAAGAUUACAACUUUGUUCGCUUGAA